CGAGUGUUGAUGUUGUGACAUUCUUGGCAAUUAUUCACCUCCUCACACUUUGACCGAAAUAAAAACAUCAUUAAAUGUGAAAAUGAUUAAACUAACGCAGGAUAUUAAUUUGGAGAAUUAUACGCUCAUCUUGCCGUCGGUGGCGGUCGGAAACGUCGGCCAGUUGUCCGUCGAUUUACUCGUUUCGAAUCUUAACCUUUCCAAGAUCGGUCAAAUUUUUAGCGCGUCAUUCGUGCCGGUCGUCGGCGCGAAUGCCUACAAUGAACAUUCGAACGAGCUCAUCACGGCGAUCGACAUUUACGCGGGGAUCAAAGAACGUAUUGUCGUUAUACAAAUCCGCUCGCCGUACGUGGGCGAGCUCGUGGAAUUCUUCAACGAGCUGGCGCAAUUUGUCACCGAGAAAAAGAUAGCUAAAGUAAUAAUUCUCGCGAGCAGUCAUGAUUAUGUGAAGAGAGAGGUCCAGCCGCAGCAUCUCAAGUUGAGAUACGUCGCGUCUCCUGGCAUACGCUCCAAGAUCGGCAAACUCUUUGAAGACCUCAAGUGGAUUCCGCAUCAACCGGGAGUCGCGUCCGACCUGACGAGUGGAGAGGAAAGAUUGCAGAUACCAGGGGGUGGCUUCGCCAAGAGCCUCUUCAAGUUUCUGUCCGAUGCCGACAUUCCUUGCACUGUCUUGUUCAAAUUCUGCUCCGAGGGGGAUAACAUAGAGGACGCGAUAGCUCUGGUGCGCUACUUAAAUGAAUGGAUACGUGUGUUAGAAACAAGCGGUAGUGAUAAUUUGAAGUAUCCACCGUCUUGGAAACACUUAUUUGGGAAACCACCGUCGCAGGAUAUAUAUUGAAUAUGUAUGGAUAUAUUUUAUAUUCCGUUAAUCUCGAAAUAAUAAUAUUUUUACUAUGGUUA